AUGGCACAGAAACCGCUCGGCACCGAGGCGGCCCAGCGCAUGAACCUUGUCGCCCAGGACGAAAUCUGGAAAUGUCGUCUGAAGGCUGAAUCUGAGGCGAGGCAAAACUGGCUCCAGAACUGGGGAUUUUUAACAACCCCCUUCAAGGAGUUGAUCAAGGGUGAAGAAGAAGCCCCCGCCCCCAAGCCCAGAAUCGAGCUUCCCGAGCGUUUCCGCAUCCGGCCAGUGACUCCAGUGGAGAAAUACAUCAAGAUUCUUCCGUCCCCCCCAGUCCCGAAGACGACCCAGGGCUUCAUCGGCUGGAGGUCUGGGGUGCAAGGCCUGAACAAGUGCCUGGAGCUGGCCAAUGAGAUCAGAAGCUGCAAAGGGGCAUAUGCCCGAGAGCUGCACUGGCCGGAGCAAGGCAUACACUGA